CAAGGACACAUCUGCAGAUUACAUCAUCUGUUCCUUAUAAAUCCCUGUCCUGGGGUUCCAAUUUAUGAGCAUAUCUACAGACAGACCACCAGAUCUCUGAGAAGCCCACCGAACUGAAAACACUGCAGAACUGCAGCCUCAUUCACAGCAACCAUGAGUGAGAACACUGAUGAGAUCCAGGACAGGCUGUGGCAGUUGAGAUGUCACUUCACGUGGGAUCUGCAAUUUGAAGACAGUGAAAUACCGAAUUUAGAAAGCAGGAUCUUGGAACAGAUUGAGUUCCUAGACACGAAAAACAAUGUGGGGAUUCACAACCUCCUGGCCUAUGUGAAGCAUGUGAAAGGCCAGGAUGAGAAAGCCCUGCAGAGCUUGAGAGAAGCUGAAGACUUGGUCCAGAGGGAGCACGCAGACCAGGCGGACCUGAGGAGCCUGGUGACCUGGGGCAACUGUGCCUGGGUGUAUCACCACAUGGGCAGAUUGGCAGAAGCCCAGACUUACCUGGACAAGGUGGAGGACACUUGCAAGAAGUUCGCAAGUCCCUCCUGCUACAGGCUGGAGUCUCCUGAGAUGGAGUGUGAGGAAGGAUGGGCCUUGCUGAAGUGUGGGAGAAAGAAUUAUGAGCGGGCCAAGGCCUGCUUUGAAAGGGCUCUGGCAGUGGAGCCUGAAAACCCUGAAUUCUAUGCGGGGUUUGCCAUCACUGUCUACCGCCUGAAUUACAAUAAUGUAAUUUCUCUUGGCCCCCUGAGAAAGGCUGUCCAGCUAAAUCCAGAUAAUACAUAUGUUAAGGUUCUCCUUGCCCUGAAGCUCCAGGAUAUAGGACAGGAAACUGAGGGAGAACACUACAUUGAGGAAGCUCUGAACAAUACCUCCUCCCAGACUUAUGUCUUUCGAUAUGCGAGCAAGUUUUACCGAAGAAAAGGCUGUGUGGAUAAAGCUAUUCAGUUCUCAGCGAAGGCCUUGCGGUCAACACCCAACUCUGCCUUCCUGCAUCACCAGAUGGGGCUUUGCUACAGGGCAAAACUGUUCCAAAUAAAGCAAGCUAAAAACAUGCAGGAUAGAGAACAUGUGGACAGAAUAGUAAGAUUAGUCAUAUUUCAUUUUGAAUUUGCUCUGCAACAAAAGCCCACAUUUGCUCUUGCUCUUCUGCACUUGGCACGUAUGUAUGUUGAAGCAAAGGAUUACAGAAAAGCCGAAGACAGCUAUCAAAAAUUGUUAUUGAUGGAAACAGAUGAGGAUCAAGUACUGGUAGAUGCACAUUUCUACUAUGGCCAAUUUCAGGAAUUUCAAAAGAAAUCUGAAGAUGAUGCAAUUAGGCAUUACUUAAAAGCAAUAAAAACAGAAAAAGAAUCACAUUCAAGGAAUCAAAGUAUGAAGUCUUUGGAGAAAUUGGCCUUAAAGAAACUUCAGAGAAAUGCAUUUGACCUGGAAGGCUUGAGCCUUGUUGGUUUUGUCUACAAAUUGAAAGGAAAAAUAAAUGAAGCCCUGGAUUACUAUGAACGGGCCCUGAGCCUGGCUGCUGGUUCUGAGAAAACUGUGGGACAUGGUCCUUAGGCACUGAAUAUUAGCCACUUUCACAUUUUAUUCUCUUUUAGGUUAAUAUGUACUAUAAUCAUCUAUUCUGUUUGCUGCUUUCAGAAACAUUCUGUGUAAUUCAUUGUAAUGAUGUAAUUUUUAAACAAUUACUCAAAACCUAAUAUAACCUUAAA